CACAGAGAGAGAGAGAGAUAAGACUGCAGAGAACACUGGGAAAAUCAAAUACACCCUCAUGCAUGCACCCAGGGGACAGCAGUCUCUGCCCACUCUAUCUGUGUCCCUCUCUUCUGAGUCUAACACCUCCCCACAUCUCUCAUUCACAACCUGGAUCUUCUCUUGCAGUUUCCUUAAAAAGGACGGAUAGAAACCAGGAUCAUCCAGCCAUCUGUGUUUCUUGACUGAGAAAACUCAAGCUGGAGAAGAGAAAGUGGAAGAUGGUGGAAGCAAGGCCAAGACGGACCCUUCGAUGGCCGGACUGGCGGCUGUCUGUUUGCGUGCUGCUUUUGUGUAUGUUUGGGAUGGCCAUGGGCCGCAGAGCUCCCAAAACCCCACGAUGUCCAGCCACCUGCUCCUGUACUAAAGACAGUGCCUUCUGCGUGGACACCAAGGCCAUUCCCAAGAGCUUCCCACCAGGAAUUAUCUCCCUGACUAUGGUGAAUGCUGCUUUCACAGAGAUUCCUGAAGGAGCUUUUUCCCACAUGCACCUACUGCAGUUCCUGCUGUUGAACUCAAACACAUUCUCUCUGAUUUCUGAUGAUGCUUUUGCUGGUCUUGGACAUCUGCAGUACCUAUUUAUUGAGAACAACGACAUCCAAGCCCUGUCAAAGCACACAUUCAGAGGACUGAAGUCUCUGACACAUCUGUCUCUGUCCAACAACAACCUGCAGGUUCUUCCCAGAGAUCUCUUCAAACACCUGGACAUCCUCACUGAUCUAGACCUGCGAGGGAACUCGUUCCGUUGUGACUGUAAGAUCAAAUGGCUGGUUGACUGGAUGGAGAAGACCAACACCUCAGUUCCCGCCAUAUACUGCGCCAGUCCUUUUGAAUUCCAGGGCCGACGCAUCCAUGACCUCACACCGCGUGACUUCAACUGCAUUAGCGCAGAUUUUGCUGUAUAUGAGACAUACUUGUUCCAGUCUCUAUCUGUGGAGUCAUACGAGUUUAAUGAUGACCAGUACGCAGUUUUCGCUCAGCCCAACACUGGAAUCUGCAUUGUGUUCAUUUGGGAUCAUGUGAACAUGCUUUUCAAGACACAUUACAACAUCACAUCUCGUUCUGCUGUGUAUUGUAAACCUGUGGUUAUCAACAACACUCUCUACAUGGUUGUGGCUCAGCUCUUUGGAGGAUCCCACAUCUACAA